AGAUUUCCACGUUAUACGAUAAAUAAAUAAACAUAUUUGUGUAAGCGUUGACUAUGUAAGCUCUUUUUGCGAUACUAGUAAAACUUCUUGAAUCUAAAAAUAAAGUAAGCUGAUCCGAAAUCAGGCAGUUGGAAGUUAUGGAUCCAAACAGCUGAUCUGAGAUCAGGUAGCGAGGAGGGUUCCAGUGAGAGCUGCUCUGGGAUCAGGAGACUGAGGGUUGGGUUGGACAUAUUCAGCUGGUAAAAGUUUUCCUACGCUUUUCUCUGGGCGUAAUUUGGACAGUGCGCGCGGGGAGCGCUAAUUAAUAUUCGAAAAACAUUCGUCAUGUUCGACUAAACACUUAAAACAACGGCACGUUCGCUAAAUGCAAACUAAUCGCCAGAAUUGUGUCGUGUUUAUGUUUCCAGACUGUAACGUUAGCCAUGAUAACUACAAACUAGCCAUUCUGCUAAACGCUCCGAAAUGGACUCGGUUCUGAGUGUCAGUGCGAAUCUCGAUCUAAUCGGUCCAGAAUCGAUUCGGAUUAACGAUGCUCUCUAGGAAGAAGAGUAAAAACGAAGCGUCCAAGCCAGCAGAAGUUCAGGGCAAAUAUGUGAAGAAAGAAACGUCCCCGCUUCUGAGAAAUUUGAUGCCCUCAUUUAUCCGGCAUCCAACAUUUCUUCGGCGUGAGCCCCCGUUAGUGGAGCCAGUUCCGGCCGGGGUGUCUGGUGCAGGUCCGUAUUCUUCUGGCUCUGUUGGGGAUGUUAGUGGCCCCAAGAGUUUCCUGCGCAACGCACCGCCACGGACCCCCCUCGAGGUGUCACGCAGGGAGAGUCAUCGGCUGUCUGCCCCACCACACUUUCAUCGCGAUUACUCCCCUUCCUCGCCAUCUUACAUGAGCGAUGCUGGUUCAGUUACGGAGAAUGGAGACGGCGGCCCAUAUUACUACCCUCCAGAGCCGUACUACAAUAACCAACCCAGACGAGCACGCAGACCAGACCACUUUAAUGAGAACUACAGGUACUAUGAGCAAAAUGAACUCAACUACCCACGAAACCCAGGACAGUCCCAGACACCCCAGCCACACAGUCGCCCACCGCCAGCAAUCGGCCGUGUGCCAGCAAAGUCGGUGGGUAAUCUAACGACCAUGAGUGGGGAGGAGGCGGCUCUUCCUCCUGGCUGGACUGUUGAUUGGACGAUUCGAGGCAGAAAGUAUUACAUCGAUCACAACACAAACACCACUCAUUGGAGCCACCCGCUGGAGAGGGAGGGGCUUCCACCAGGGUGGGAGAGGGUGGAGUCAGCUGAGUUUGGAGUGUAUUAUGUUGAUCACAUCAACAAAUGUGCCCAGUACAGACACCCCUGUGCUCCCAGUGUUCCACGUUAUGACCAGCCCCCUCCCCCACCAGUCACCUACCAGCCCCGCCCACCAGAACGCAACCAGCCCGUACUGGUGCCAGCAAACCCGUAUCACACAGCUGAGAUCCCAGACUGGCUGCAGGUGUAUGCCAGAGCCCCGCUAAAGUAUGACCACAUCCUGAAGUGGGAACUCUUCCAGUUAAUGGAUCUGGACACGUAUCAGGGGAUGCUGAAGCUGCUCUUCAUGAAGGAGCUGGAGUGCAUCGUUAAAUCCUAUGAAGCAUAUCGACAAGCGCUGCUCAGCGAACUCGACACGUGCAAACAGCGGCAGCAGUGGUAUGCCCAACAACCAGCCAAAAACUUCCCUCCUAACAUGUGACUUGUAUAAGACAUACCCAAAGUCCAUCGUUAUCAGUGCCUUAGCUGCUGUUGCAGACUCUCAUUUAUUUCCUCAAACGGCUCCAAAUAUAAGCCCAAAGAGAGACACCACAUAAAGCCUGUUGGGAACUUUACACUAUUACUCCUAUAUAUCGUAUCAGCCAUAAUACAAGUCUAUUCUUGGUUUGACUGUUGUGAAUGUGUUAGCCCAUGUUGAAAGUGUGUGUUUCUUUGUGCAUGUCAGGACUGUCAGGACUCACUCCUUCUGCAUUGUGUUUUUGGACAAUCACAACUAUCAGUUAUCAGUGUUUUAAUGUUUAAUCAGACUCAUAUUUUCAAUUAUAGUUUUGUUUUUAGGGUGAAUCUCAUCUAAAAAAAAAAAAAAUCUUAUCCAGGUCACAUUUCACCAAAAAAAAUUAAAAAAUUAUUGGAUUUAUAGUUAAAAGAAAAAGAAAAUAUGCUUAAAGAAAAUGAAGCUUGAUUUAGGGUUAUGUAAAUCAGCAUAAAUGAAUGGUUUUACAUCAAAUACGAUCAUGAUGUAUACUUUACAGUUAUAAAAAAUAGCAAAAAUCACUAGUUUUUUGUUUGUUUUUUUGCAUUAUUUAUACUGAUAAUGAAAGUAAUGCAAUAAUCUACACGGUGCUUUAUUUUCUUCAAGUAAAAUAAAUGUUUUUGUUUCUUGUGAUUUCUGGCAUGGUGAAAUUUGACUUGGGCAUUUCUUUGAGGUUCAUCCUUUAAGGUUUAGGUGGAUUCUUUUUUUUUAAGGGAUUUGCUGCUUAUAUUUAAAGGUGAAAAUUUCACUUUGUAUGAAGCGUUUGAGCCUGUGACAUUUGUCUUUUUUGUUUUUUCAGUUAUAAUGACUGUAAAAUCUAUUUUGAGCAUCAACACUAAAUAAACCAGGACCUUGUAUUGUG